AUGUCCAGGGGGAGUGGCCGGUCUGGGAUGAAGAAGUUUGCGAAAUCAAUGUGGUUUGACUGGAAUGCAAAGCGAACAAGCACCUCCUCCGUUUCCUCAAACAAUACAGUCUCGCAAGUUGUUGAUAUGGAGCCUUUGUCGUUCUCGCAGAGGUACAGACUUCACCACCAUCGUCAUUUCACUCAGCACCAAGAUAUCCAGCCUCUGUUUAACAACUCUGAAGCCAUGGAGUUCAACCCGUGGGAAUUGCAUUUCAAUGCGUUAGACCUGUCAGGGAGGAAGGCUCCCUUGAGUGAGCUGACGCUGUCAAAUGGGUUGGUUCAAUUGUCUUCAAAACAAGGUACAGACGUGUCGAAGAUCCUGUUAGGAUCUCCAUCUAACAAUUAUAACGAAGAUGGCACAGUAGUUGGUGCUGACAGUGUACCUCAAGUGGAGAACAAAUAUGUGGAGAACCCCGUACAGUUACGAGGGAGAAGGGUACUCCUCUUGAAGAACAUUCCACCAUUUGUUGGUAUCAAAUCAGUUAUAUCCCAAGUAUGUGGAGGUCCCUUACAGAAGAUAGUCGUUCAAAGUCAAGGGCAAGAGUAUACCAAGCUUGAAGCAUCACAAAGGUAUUCACCGUAUUCGAGACAGCACCUGUCCAUUGAACUAUGGUUUCUCAGACCUGACGAUGCACUGGCCUUUUACCAUUAUACCAGGAGCGGGCUCUUCCUUAUUAAUGGGUUUCACCAUUACCUCGACUGGUCGCCGCAGCAUAUUCCCCUGACUUCAUCAACUGCAACAGGCGAAACGGUUUAUCAUGACCCAGUCCCAAGCGAUAUAGAAGAGCUCAUGUCCAAACAUGAGGCUACUAGAUGUUUAGUUAUUAAGAAGUACAUCAGAAAGUCCAGAACACAAGCAAGGCAUUAUCCGUCGCCACUUGAUCACUUCUCCGCCUUGGAUAUUGCAUCCAUAAAGAAGCACUUUGGUGAAUUUGGCGAUAUCGUUGAAAUUACACCUAUGGUUUCAAAGAAGUUGUGCUUAUCGAUCCAUUAUUUCGAUGUGGAGGCUGCAAUCAUGGCAAAGGAACUGUUCGAGACCUCGGGAGAUGAACUCAACUGCCAAUAUAAGGACUGGAAUAUCUUCUAUGGGAAGGAUCCCACGGAUAAACCAACAAUAGAGGUUGUAUAUCUAAAGAUCCCUGUCAAUCGUAAUGGAUUUGUGGAUCCAGUAAACGUCAACUGGACAAGGGAUAAGGAAGAUCGCCUAUGGAAAGUUUUAUCGAAAUCUAAGAGGACAGAGGUCAAUUGGGACGCACUGAGUAAAGAGUUUGAUGUUGGCGUUCGAUUCCUUCAACAGCAGGCAUAUUGGCUAUAUGAACGAGAGUUAGAAGGAUUAAGAUUCAAACUACAACAGGAGACUGCACUGUCUUCAGAUACAAUCAAGCAGAAUCAACGAGCCGAAAGUGGGAUGAAGAAGGAGGAUAUAUUCCAUUCUGGGAAACUGUCCAAUGCUAGCAUUCCAAAUAAGGAUAGAGUUCAAGAUGAUUCCUAUGAAGAUGAGAAAACAGGUACGAGUUCUGGUGAAGACGAAGACGAGGACUCCAUAAGUGAACUCCAACAAGGAUCAGUACUGCUUCACAAGUCACGGAUCCUCUCAAGGGCGCCGCCCCGUUUCCAAGACAUCAAUGAUGAUAGUGAAGACGAGGAAUUGACACAUAUCCAAAAAUCAUCAGACAAUAACCACCUGACUACAGAGAGUUCUACUUCAAACUUGUCAUGUAUGUAUUUGACUAUUUUGAUCUUUACUCAUCUAUAUGUUGUUAUUCACAAGUUUUGGUUAUGGCUCUCUUACUGA